GGGAGGAGGAGCGGCGCCCCCGCGCCCCCUCAGGGCCGCAGCGGACGGGCCCGAGCCGCUUCCCGCCAGCGGCGCGCGCCCCGCCCCGGCCAAUCACGGCCGGAGCCCACUCCGGGCCAAUGGGCUCGGCCGUACCUCGGAGCGGGUUUACAUUCUCCGCCGGCCAAUGGCGAGCGCGUCCCGCGAGCCGCCAGCCAAUGGGAGGCGCGCGGCGAGUGACAGCUGGCCAAUAGGAGCCGCCGACUCUCCCGUGCCGCGGCGCGGGGGGUGGGGAUCUCCCCGCCGCCGCCUGAGGAAUGUCAACUAUUCAACAUGGAGACGGCGGUUACCAGGCUCGAGACCCUGUUCCAGAAAGCAGAAUCUGAUCUGGAUUAUAUUCAACGCAGAGUGGAGUUUGAAAUAAUGAAAAGUCUUCCUGAUGAUACAGCAGCAGAGGAGAACCCAGCUGCUCUCCUGAAAGAGCUGCCGGUGCUGAAGUCCCGGUACAAAUCCCUGUGUGCCCAGAUGGAGGAGAUUUCCUUGGAGCAGAAGGAAUCCAUGGAGAGCAUCCGUGCUGCCCUGGAGAAAACCAUGAAGAUAGUUCAGGCACUGCAGCAGCAAACCGGGCUGGAGAGCUUACCUCUGUCAGAAGAAGAACUGACUGCAGCCCUGAAGUUAAACUUGCAAACUGGGAAAGAAAUGGAAUUUUCAUUGGACAAGCCAGAAUCUACAGUCCCUGGCUCAGCUGAAGUACCCCAGUUCACACCACUGACUGAGGAAACAUUUAUGAGUGUGCCCAGGAAGAUCAGAAGCAUUGUCAAAUUAGCAGACUUGAACUAUUUGUACAAGGAGUUAUUUAACCACUUCAUUGUACAGAACAACAGAGAAGCCCUGAGUCUUUCACAGAUGAACAAGAUGAAUAUGAAAGCCACUGACUCAAGAAUUAAAAUCCUGAAGGAACUGGGGAUUGUGGAACUCGACAAACAAGGAAAUGUUAAAUUAGCUGUGUAAAUGAAAGCUCCUCUGACACAGAAACAUCUUGGCCACAGCUCCUGGAUUAUUAAGGAACAAGAAUUUCUCUGGAGCAGGAGUUCCUAAUCCACUGUAGGGAAGUUGUUAAUGUUUCUGUAUAAACAUUCUGUUGAUAAUACUUGAAAUUGGAGGGUUGAGGUUGGCACUUUACCUUGGCAGUUUGAGGGAUUAUGGUUGGUUUUGCAUUUUUAAGGAAUGUUGUGAGCCAUGUGAGGUUUCUGUUUUCAUUCCUGCAUUCCUGAGGGGGUUUUAAAGGCAAAUAAUCCAAGCCUCUUAAUUGUACUUGCAUUCCUGAAUAAAGAUUUAUUUUACUUUGGUU